UCAAGGGUCUAACAGCCUUCACUUCACCCACAAUUUCUCUGUCCAUUAUCUUUUCACUCUAGCCAUUGCGUUGCGUUGCAUAUUACUAAAAGCCAAUGGCGGGGAAACCAACUAUUGUGAUGCUCUUUCUUGGUGUCAUGUUACUUUUACUAGCAGAGAAUAAUGCAGCUAGCACCAGCCAUGAAAUGAGUCGUGAGGCACCAGCUCCGCAGCCCCAGCCACCCGGCAACUUUACAAUGCAUGGAAUCACUCAAGGCAGCCUUCUUCCACAAGAGUGUGGACCUCGCUGCGGUGAAAGAUGUUCAAACACGCAAUACAAGAAGCCAUGCCUGUUCUUCUGCAACAAGUGCUGCGCCAAGUGCUUGUGUGUGCCGCCAGGCACUUACGGAAACAAGCAAGUCUGCCCUUGCUACAACAAUUGGAAGACCAAGAGAGGAGGACCCAAGUGCCCUUAAUCUUGUUAGAUAUCAAAUUACGUUAAAUAUUGUGCUUUAUAUUGAUAUAGUGUUAAUUACAUUUUCCACAUACAAUUUCCAGUAGAUUUCAACGGAUUAUUAAUUUUUUUAUAUGAAGUUGCAGUGGUUGAACCA